AAGUCUCAAACUGAUCCUGGUAUAUGUGAGACAAUCAUUAUUCACUAAAGUGAAGCUGAUCAAACGCGCAUUCUUCUUUCCUUUUAUUGUACUCGUGUUGUUCGUCAGUCUGAAGGGGAAGUACACAGUGACCACAGUGAAGGAGCGAACGCUGGCGUCCUUCCAACAGCAGGUGGCCGAGGAGUUCAUCCAGUCCAGACUGUACGGACCAGGAACCUGCAGGACCACAAAUAAUGAGAUGCUGUCCCUUCAGAACAAGAAGGGGUGGAAUAAAAGUGCGGCAGUGCAGUUUGUCAAGAAAGACUGGGGUACGUUCAGAAGCCUGAGAUUGAUGACCUGAGGAAGGUUACUUCAGCUUUUACAGUCCAGUUGGUGCAAUGCGUCGUCCAAGAAGAAGCUUAAAAACAGAAGACUUUAUUUUUUCUUAGCUGAUUACUUUCUGCACAGUUUGUUAUAAAAGAGAUGGUGGAGCCUGAAUACAAAUCCCAGAAAAGUCUGAAGCUCUAAAGAUGGUGGAAAUAUGAGCCAGUGAUGUUUAUGCUGGACAUGUACAGGUGAGGUUUACGGUGGCCUCAGCUGUGUGGUGGAGGCGGGCAGGUUUACUUAUCGUAGUAAAGGAUGGUGUUUUUUGCUUUCUACUAUGAAACUGCAUGUAGAUAGAAGUAUAAUUUCUAGGGAAUAAAUGACCGGGGAAUUAGUACACAGUUAUUUCAGCUUUAUCUGUAAAAUGUAGAAAAAUGGGGUCAAAGGCAUGAAAAGUUUGAGGUCACAGUUACAGAUGGGUUCAUCGAGACGUUACGGUAACACCUGUUUGUUAUAGAAGUCUUUGUGUGAGACGAGUAAAGAUAGGGUCAAGUCUCUGCAGGCUGUGCACACCUGGAUUUUGGCUCUGGCAAGAUGAUUAAAGCAAAGCACAGUUUGAAGCGCCUCAGCACAUUACAGGAGCGCAACACCGGGUCCGACUUAUUUUAGGCUUUGAGUGUAGACUGCAAAAAAUGUUAGUUUCACCCAUUUAUAGAUAAAUUUACAUCACUGUGCAAACUGAAGGAUUCUGACUACACAAAUGGAAGUGAGC